UACACUCCCGCCAAAUAUAAACCUGUCAAAAUGGAUCGACUUGUCAUUGCUGAUUAUGGUAACUUUAUGCAGAAGCUGGGCACAGAUAAUGUUGAGAACAUUUUUCAAGAUGUUGAGUAUGUUUACGUCACAAAUUCAAAAGAUCCUCGCUUGGCUGGCAUAGGAUCUUUGGUAUCUCUUCCAUUGCCAAUAAUUUUAGCCCAGAAUCCGGGCAGCAUGUUGCUCACAGACCCAGAUGUAUCCGAGUUUAUGCCCCAUGAAUCACUUUUAAAAAGCAAUAGGAAGCACACCAACAGCUAUGAUGCAUCUCAAGGGUCACCUUUGAAGAUGCAAGAGUAUGCAGACCUAUCAGAUAUUGUUGUCAGUGAAGCACCUAAUGGAAUUCCGACCAACAGAGAGCAGUUCAAGUCAGCCCUGACCAAAAUAGGAAUACCAUUCAAUCAAACCAGAGUUGUAGCAUCAUUGUACAGCCUGGCAUCUCAAGGGAAUUCUUGGCCACCAUUACUCAUAUUUAGUGAUGGACAAAAUCGAAAGCAUACUGCCUGUCAGCUGUUAUCUCGUGAGGAACAAUAUCUCAAGUCCACCGUCGUUAAGGUAUCCUUUCCAGAACCUAAAAAUGGCCAUUUCCCAAAGAUUCAUAAUCUUAAGAUUCCAGAAAAGCAGAUGAAAUACAAAGCCUGCUAUGACAUGAUGGGGAAAAUGUUACAGGAAAUCGUCACAAACGGCCAAGAAUUUGCUGGAUCAUUAGUGGUUGAAACUGAAUGGACCAAACCAAUAUGCACAGCAGUUUUACAGUCUCCUCCAUUGGAGUCGCAGGCACACAUCCAGGCACAAGUGGUUUCUGGUGAUGAAAGAUCCACAGCCAGUGGGUUUUACAGAGAACUGGAGAUGUUGAAAUCAUUUGUUAAUGGUUUGGAGUCCGGAGAAAUUCUAUGGUUGGCCAACGAAAGUGAUGUUUCUGUCUUGGAGCAGUUGAAAAUGCAAAUUGAAAAAUUAAAACUUGGGGAUGCAGCUAAAGGUGAGAAAGAAACCCCACAAAAUGAUGUGGCCGACAUCUUAGGACUGGACUCCCUGUCUUUUGAUCGACGGAAGGAUCUGGAUUUUACAGACCAUUUAUGGAACAUCCUCAUACAGUGUACGUCAUACAGUGAGCUCGAAGAAGCUCUAAAGUUUGUAUUUGCUGUCUUGAGUAAUGGAGAGUUUUAUCCUAUGGUACACAGAAAGAAUAAUACUGUCAUUGCUCAGAUGGUAAGGGAGGCAUGUGGAGGAAAACUCAGAAUGCCAAACUUAGCUGGGGGAUCUUAUGCCAUUCAACUGUUAGCUGAAAUAGGGCUGGAGAAACUGCGACAAGAUUAUGUGCAUGCUUUCUUGUCAAAUGAACUGGUUGUACUUGGAAACAUUGAGUCAUUCAUUGGGACGGAGGGACCAUUCACACAGAGACUGGCUGCUUUGGAGAAGCUACAUCAUGUUCUGGAAAUGUCCGUCAUGCUAAAGAUGUUUCUAAAAUUAUCCAUGCAAACCCUGAAUUUCAUUGCCAUCCAGAUGUUGAAGUACUAUGAAAAUAACUCCCUUGACCAGAAGCACUUGUUUGAUUUUCCUGUACCCACUUCUCAAGUCAAGUCCAUGAUUGAAAACUCAGCUCCAUGUUUAUGGCAGAUGGAAUUCACCAAACAGGUUCAGAAUACAUCAGAAACCAUGAAGAUUGUGUUAACAGAAGAAAACCCUUUCCCCCAUGUUGGUUGGAGUUCUGUAUCUGAUAACAUGACGGAAGUUGAAAGUGAGGAUUAUAGGGACAGGGUGUACUAUGUGUUACAUGUAGAGGAAAGAGUUUCAGUUUUGUAGACUUCAGUAAAAAGAAAAAUAAUGGUGAAAUUUAAAUACAUUGAUAUUAUAUU